AUGACGGAAUUGCCGCUACGAACAGUGACACGACGACGUGUUGCGCUGAAUAACGUGAAUCCGGAAGGCGGAAGUCACGGGCCAGAAGAGGACGAGAGUAAGUCGAGGCUUCCAAAGGCUAGCCCGUUCUCGCCCUUCUCCACUCUCUCGGCAUCGUUGUGGAGCUCCGCACAGCGCACCCUGUCAGGCGUCACCACAACUUUUGCUGCUCCCGAAAAUAAUUCGUCUGAGCUGUCGCCGUCGCCGCCGCCGCCGUCGCUUAAACCUUCCGAAGAAAUGCCUUCUCGAGAUCGUACAGCGGAAUUUCGCACCACCGCAAAAUCUUAUCAGGUUGCAUUUUGCGUCCUUUGUUCGAUA